AAGUGCAGACAAAUCAUCUUUUUUUUUUUUUUUUUUUAGGAGCACAAAUGGAAUGUUAUCUCAGAAAAUAAUGUUUUCUCCCUCUUUAUAUUUAACAAUCCUCGGUGAUGCUUCUAUCACCACUCAUCUACCCCCCCCCUCCUCCCCCCACAUAUCAACUGAAAGAACAUAGGGGUAUCUCAAACCUACAGUAUUGCCAAGUCGGUCAGGUUUGAGGAGUGCGAAUAACAUAGAAGCCAAGGUAAAGGAGCUGACUGAAAUGAAGAAGGGGGAAGAGGUAGGACAGAGAGAAAGGGAUGACAAGGAGAGUCAGAGCAAAGGGAGAGCGAGAGAAGGAGCAGACAAAUGCGCUCAGCUUCUCUCCAACAAACCCAUUCCUCGCCUCCUUCAGGCAAAGCGGAGCAGCGGCACCAGCGUGCGGAUUUUGACUUGAGAGGAACGCGCAUUGGUGGGAUAUUUCGAGUGGAUUGGUGACCAGACAUACAGGAAAGGAUACAUACAGCAAAAAAAAAAAAAAAAAAUAAGAAGAGAGGAAAGAAGUCGCCAAGAAGCGACUCUGGCAUAUUUCGAGCCCCCCGCGCGACUAUAGGAAGUCUCCACGUCGCACCUGCGCGCCGUGCGUGUCCUGUCUCCCAGGGGAUAAAAAGUGCGUAAAAAAAUUCACACCGACUUUUACGCAAGGUGAUACGCCGAGCAGGAGGCAGCCGGACACGCUCCUGGAAGCACGAUGCUGAUCGGUACGUCUGCCCAGGGCAACCCCCUCCUGGCCUCUCUCCCGGUGCCGGGGCGGCCUCUGCAGCCUCAGCUCGACCUCAAACACCUCCUACCCUUCAGACUCAAUGGAUCCUCACCCCUUAGCCUCUUUCCCAACUUUAAUACGAUGGACCCUGUCCAGAAGGCAGUGAUUAACCACACGUUUGGGGUCCCUCAGCCCCUCAAGAAGAAACAGAUCAUCUCCUGCAACAUCUGCCACCUGCGCUUCAACUCAACGAACCAAGCAGAGGCCCACUAUAAAGGCCACAAACAUGCCCGGAAACUCAAAGCCAUGGAGGCCCAGAAGAACAGGCAGCGACGAGGUGGAGAUACCUCAACUACAGGGAAGGAGCGAGAGCGGGACCGAGAACGAGACCGAAACAAGACGACCCCUUCUGAUGCAGCUCUCCCAGCACCUAUAGAUACAAGCUUAGUAAAAGAAACAAGUCUUCAGUUUGAUCUGGAACCAAGCAUCCUGGAGGGAAAACUGGAGGAGAGUCCCAGGAGCUCGGUCAUGCUGACACCGGUGUCUGAGGUUUCCUCUGUGGAGCUGGUCACGCUUUCCCCUCCUCAGGUUUCGCCUUCCUCUCAGCUCUCUGAGACGGCGUCAGACACCAGCACUCCGGAGGGCGGAGAGGCUGCAGAGCCCACAGAGGCCACUGAGGCUAUGUGUCUGACCGGCGAGUCAGGUAAUGCUGCAGACCCAUCUAUCACGCCAGGGGAGCCAUGCAUGGAUGACAACAAAGACCCCAAGAAGAGCAAAGCUCACCUCCACUGUCCUGUCUGUAAAGUCACAGUCAACUCCACUUCCCAACUGGAAGCACAUAACAGCGGUACUAAGCACAAAUUGAUGCUGGAAGGUCACAGUGUUCUGCCACGCCGUAGGGGGAAAGUAGUGGCAGCUCGAUCUGGCUGCAAGAGCAAGCGGCUGGGGACCAAAGGCAGCGUCGGGGUGACCAGCAAGAACUUCCAGUGUGAAGUGUGUGAAAUAUUUGUGAACUCUGAAACCCAACUUAGCCAGCACAUGAACAGCAGAAGGCACAAGGAUCGGCUGGCCGGAAAACCGCCCAAACCCAAAUUUACCCCCCACAGCAAGAGCCAGCCGAGCUCCAGCUUCACGAACGUGAGAUGGAGUGGCUAUGCAGGUGUGGCUGUGUCUGCCAUGAAGAAAGCAUUCACCCAGUGCAACUUCACCUCUCUCUCCUCGCAGACCAAACUGGCCUUGCAGAAGCAGCUGACCAAGAGUUUGACAACUGGCUUCCUGCCCAGCCCCCUCACCCCACCAACUCUGUGCACAGUGGCGACUAACCCGCUGGCUCUGCGCCACCCGGUGGGCGCCACCACCUUCAUCCAGACCCCAUUCCUGGGCCCUGCACUCUUCCGGCCUGCCCCGGGGCCGCUGCGGGCCACGCACACACCCAUCAUCUUCUCCCCUUAUUAAGGACUUAACCGAUCUCCCAGUUAAGCUCCGGCCCUGUCCCUUUACCAAGUCCAAGGCCCUCGUUUUAGUGUGACCACGCAACAAAGGCCACAUCCAAACUAUGCAGCCCGCCUGACUUAAAAUGGGAAGAGUGCACAAAUUCCAAUUUAUCACCAGGCCCGACGGCCUGAGAGCGCUUCUCAUCACUAAGGCCAAUAUCCCCUUUCAUGCCUUCUUUCUGCUCCUUUGAUGGCGACCUCAGGAGCAGCACAGGCCUCCAGACAGUGACUGGCACAAGGAGGCCACAUUUAUAGCCAUUUCAUGGGUCAAACAUGGUUUAAAUUAUAAAUAUUAUUGUGUAAUUUAUUAGAAAACAUAUAUAGAAAAAAAAAAUCUAGAUGUACGUUUAGUGUGGUUGCCACAAAAUAAGGUCCCUUUACUUGAUGCUCUUAUAAAACCUUUUUUAUCUUCUAUGUUUGGAGGCUUGAUGAAAAGUUGUUGUAGGUCCGUAAAGCAGCUGAAGCAAAGCCAUACGUGUAUGGCUGCAAAGGCCAGCCUCACUCAUCAGUGUUUUCAGCUGACAAGCUUAAGCAACGCUGCUGCAUGGUAUUGUGAAUAUGGUUUAAAAAAAAAAAAAAAAAACAUAAGACGUCUUAGUUUAAGGAUAGAGUCCUGAAUUUUUAUUGUGAGGUUUUGUUAAAAGGUUGCAAGGUGUUGGUGUCUUACCUACAGUAGAUGGCACGUCUAAGCUGCCAUCACAGAUUCUACCUGGCCAUGUAUGCUGGCAUAUAUAAAAAGGCAUUUACAUGAGUGUUAACAUAAAAUAAUUAAGGGACAUUGAGUCCUAUAAUGCUUUUGAAGUACAUGUUUAGCUUUUGAUGCCAUCUCAGUUUGAAUAGUGCAUGUGUCUUGGGAUCAGUGAUGUGUAAUUUUGGGUUCUGCUACAUCAGAAUGAUGUAUUUUUCUUAUUUCAUACAAAGACUUGUAUGAUCUGGGAAUGAAGCUUCACUGCUCUACUCGUACCAAGUUUCAGUCCUAAUGCAAAGCUUGUUUCUUAUAUAUAAUUGGGUAAUUCCUGUAAUAUUUUAGUCAUAGUUGUGCAAAAUGCUGUAGCAAUGGUACAUCGCUACAUGAGUGAGACAGGUUUUACAUUCCAACAUGUCCUAAAAAUCUGUGGCAGUCUGGUGUAGCAGACCAUCAGAUAAUGCAUGCUACGAUCUCAAAUAUCUAGGAAGACAAUGCUGGAGCUCAAUUCUGCUAAGGCAAAAUUUUUCUAUGCUAUGGAAAUGGACGGUAGAUUUGUAAUAUUGCAGCAGGAGUAUUAGUAGAACCUUCAUUUAUAGAUCCAGAUUAGUUGGUCCCAAGCUAAAGUUAGCAUAUAGCCUAAAUGGAGCCAAUGUGGACCUCUGCUUUUUAAAAGAACUGCAACUUCAGAAAUCUGACAGUGAUUUAUGCAGAUCAUUUUUUAUCAACACUAAUCUGGUAUCAUUGGUUAGUCAUUGACACACAUGUUGAGCAUGAAAAGCAUUUCUUCUCAGACUAACCAAAUUAAUUAAAACCAAAGCAGUGUGAAAAUCAGAAACUUUUUGGAGGUCAAUGUGAAUGGUAAUUUAUGUAUUUUUUUUUUUUUUUAGACCUUCUCACAUUUCUAUCGAUCUGUUGCGCUGACCGGAAACGUUAAGCACUAAAGUUCAUGUCUCGCAUGGGAUGAUCCAGGGUCAGCCUCGAUUUCCCUCGUAAAUAUUCAUUGGCUUUUGUGUGAACAACUGCCUGAUGUGAACAAGACGCCGGUUUCAAGGUGUGUUUUUUUGAGAUAGGAGUUGUUCCAAGCACUGAGGCACAGUUGCUGGCAAUGCUGCCUUGCCUUGGUUGUUUGUCUUGUUUGACUGUGAAGCAUGAUGUGAAACACCUGCACUCCCAUGACCCUGCUAGACAAGUAGACAUAGACAGGGGACAGACAGACAGACAGACAGACAGACAGACAGACAGACAGACAGACAGACAGACAGACAGACAGACAGACAGACAGACAGACAGACAGACUGGUGGAGGUGUUUUAUGAAGGUAUGAAACCUGUUCACUUUAAUCUCUGAAACCAACUAGUCUGGAUUUAAGAUAAACAAGGAAGUCAAUAAAUACAUUACUGAAGGUAAGAAAUUAUUCGCCUUUUAAUCUUUUAGCAGAAGCUCGCUUCAAAGAUUCAAAAUAAAUCACUUUAAAGGCUCUCAAGGACAAAAGCGACACGUCACUGUAGGUCUAUAACUAUGUAUUGUUUAUGUUAAAACGCAAAAAGAAAAACUGCAUUACUGAUGUUUGUUUCUUUCUUUUCAAGUAAGAGUAACAGCCCCUGCAUCCAAGUUAUUAUUAUUAUUUUUUUAAAUACACCCAGGAUUAAACAGUCAGUAAGAUCCAAAAAAGGUCAGCUUGUCAAUGAAACUAUCUUUCAGUUUGCAAAUCUGCUCUUUGGAAUCUAAAAUUCUCGCUUCAGAGUAUUACUCAUGCAUGCAACCUGGGAUUAUGCUUUUCCUAAGGUAGCGGCAUGAAAAUAUUUUUUCGCAGCUACAUGCGUCUUAUCCUGCCAAAUUCCCCUUUUGUUUCGCUCCCAUCCUCACUGCUUUUUAACCCCAUUCUCCUUUCACCUCACCGCCAUCACCUUGACGUUGUCCCUGAUUUUCUUCUGCUGUGAUCUCAGUUUAAGCCGAUGAGGAGCAAGGAAAUGACGCACACAAUCAAAGCACAUAAUGAGAACACAAUGGAUAACUUGAUGACUUGAUAGGAUUUCAGUGUUUGAUGAAAAAUUUGACAGCGGGUGGGAAGGCUGCUCAGCCACAUUCUGACUGACGUCCCGGUGCUGUGUCUGAGCGCAGCGUGUGGAAAGGGGUGUGUGUGGGGGGAGGGAUACAAAGCACAGUGCCAUGGCAACCACAUUAAAAAGCACCUUAAAAUGGAUUUACUUACAAAAGCAAUGAUUAUUAUGUUGAUGUUCUCUUUUUAUUAUUAUUAUUAUUAUUAUUUGUAGGUGUAUAUUUUAUAAAAUUCUGCUUUGGAAAAAAAACCCAAUCAAGUGAGAAUGAUCCUGUUAUAGUUUAUCUGUAAUGAUGACAAGCCUCACAUUUAAAGCAAUACAUACAGUAUGUUUAUGUUCAUGUCUGGUGUGUCAAUGACUUUUUAACUCUUCUCUGCUGUAAACUCCUCAUACAGUGUAUUGUGUGCCCCUCCAUAGCCAAGGCCAAGUCUGGUUUGUCAGUGAAAAGUCAAAUGAAAUAAAAAAAAAUAAAAAAAUAAAAAGUUGUGCAGCUGCUGCCCUUGAUGCUUGAUGCUCAUGGCCAGUCUCGACAUGAGAAGGGGGCGGAGAGAGAGAGGAGGGCUGCCUUAAGCGCCAUAUGACACUGCCGCUUCACUUUUCAGCGGAGCAGUAGGACCUCUGUAUGACUUCCACUGAGC